AUGGCGGCCGUCGUGGAGAGAGUUGAUGGAUGUGUUGGGUCCUUGGACGCAGACGCGGUGUCACCGAGACAGUCCACUCCUCCACCGGACCAGCCGCACCAGAACAACCCGCUGUUAGGACUACCCAUUGUAGCCAUUGAGACUAUUCUCAAUUUUCUGUCUUACGACGAAAUCAGCUUGCUGCGCUCGGUGUGUAAGCGCAUGGACAUGAUCUGCCAGCGUGUCCUGAACCAGGGCUUCCUGAAGGUGGAGCGUUACCACAGUCUGUGUCAGAGGCAGGUCAAAGCCCAGCUGCCCAGGCGAGAGUCGGAAAGGAGAAACCAUUCACUGGCUCGUCAUGCUGACAUUCUGGCUGCCGUGGAGACACGCCUUUCUCUGCUCAACAUGACCUUCAUGAAAUAUGUUGACUCCAACCUCUGCUGCUUCAUCCCUGGAAAGGUGAUAGAUGAAAUUUACCGUGUGCUGCGCUAUGUGAACUCCACUCGAGCACCCCAGCGAGCUCACGAAGUUCUCCAGGAGUUGAGGGAUAUUUCCUCCAUGGCCAUGGAGUACUUUGAUGAGAAAAUAGUCCCCAUCCUGAAGAAGAAGCUGCCAGGGGCUGACCUGUCCGGCCGCCUUAUUGGCUCUGCACCAGUGGCAGGUCCAUCUACCUCCCUGACCACCAUGUCCCUGCUGGCCAAAAACACACCGUCACGCUCUGAGAUGACCAAGGUGCAGCAGCAGGUGAAGGUGAACGGGGCAUCCAUGACGGUCCUGCGAAGGGAGAUGCAGGAAAUUCGUGUCAAGCAGCUGGAACAGCAGAAGCAGCUGCAGGACCAGGAGCAGAAGCUCCUGGAACAGACACAGGUGAUCGGAGAGCAGAACGCUCGCCUCGCUGAGCUGGAACACAAGCUCCGCGAACUGAUGGACAGUAGUUCCGCUGCUAUGGGGGGGCCGAGGCCCAGCACAGCUGUCCCCUCCACAUCCAGCACCACUGCUGUGUCUUCCACCGCUGCCAGCACAUCUGUCAGCGCGUUGACGAGCAGCGGCGCGGCUGCAGCCUCUCUCUCCAGAGAGCCAGAGGUCGAGGGAGGCUCAUCACUCAAGCGCAGCAGAAAGAGCUCAGACCUUCCACGACAGUCCAAACGGCUGCGCAGCAAGAAAUAAGAGACUCAGUGUGUCAUUUAGUUUUUGGUUUCCAGGUCUGACUGAUCACACCUUAAUCCCCACAGCAACACUCAUGACCUGUACUGUCUGUGAGAUGAGUCAGUAGUAUCCCUGUAUGCUUUGCCAGUGUUCUCUGCCCCCCAAUACACACACA